CCCGGGAGCAGAGUCCGGUUCCUAGGGGGCUCCCGGCUCCGGCCGCAGCCUCGGUCCGGCCGAAGAAGCGGCGGGGGGCGCGCUCAAGCUCCUCGGCCCGCCGUUUCCCUUGCGGCCCCCGCGGGUCCUCAUGUCCCGCGCCCCCCAGCCCCUCGGGGCCGUCUUCCCGCCGCUCUCCGCCCGGGGCGCCCCGCGGAAAGGGCCGCCGGGUCAUGGGGCCUCGCCGGCGGCGUCCGCCGACCCUGGGUCAGGCUUGUGGAAAAGGAUCACCAGGCCCUUCCCCAAAGUAGAAGAGCCUUUGCCCUCCCAUGUCUGUUCCAGCCGGUCCCGCCUGGUUCUGGCCCACCCUGGCAGCGCAGCUCAGGAGGACAAGGAGGAGGAGGACCUGCCUGGAGGCCUGGCCCACUUGGCCCAAGUGGACAAGGCGUACCUGGGCAUGAGCUGCUGCCUGUGCACGCCAGCCCUCUUCUGGGGCCUUGUGCGUCCAGUGGCCCCAGAUCCAGCCCGAGGGGCUUUCUCCUACUGGGCAGGGUGGAAUGGCGUGGCCCGUCAGCACCACACACUGCACGGCCUGCUGCGACACCAGCAUUGCUUGCGCCUGGCUCGCCACUACAGCUGCCGCCUUAAAGCAGCUUCUGACUUUGUGUGCCGCUUGAUGGCAGCUGAGUGCUGCCUUUUGCUGCCAAUCGGUGGGCAGACUGCUGGUGGGGGCCGCCUGCUGAAGGAACUCUGCCAGGAGCUGGUGGUCCACACCUCUCACUGGGACCGCCUGCAGUGCCACAUGCGCAGGGACCCCUGGCUGGGACCUCUGCUCCUUCGGCAGCCUGAGGCGGCACAGUGCAUGAAGCAGUCCUUUUUCCUGCUGGCCCUGCAUGCGCUUCGCCUGCUGGAGAGCUGCCUGGUGGCCUUGUUGCAAAACUGGGCCUGUGGCCCCCCUGCCUUUCUCUCAGAGGUGUUCCAGGGACUGGAGAGCUACAACCAGGGGCUGAGUGAGUGGACACUGCACGGGGCCGAGCUGGAGCCCAGGGCGCUGGGACAGCAAGGGCUGCAGCGGGCACGUGCCUUCUCUGUGGAGAGGGUGCUGGCCAUCCUGGCAGCCGAAAGAGGACGCCUGGCGGGUGAGAGACUGUCGCUGCUCCUCCCUGGGCAGCAGGUGUGGACCAGUGAUCUGGAGCCAACGGCUGAUGGUCCGUCCGGGGCAGGCGACAGCCUCCCCGCGCACCUGCAGGCUUUGUGCCAAGAGGAGGAAGUGGCGGUCACGGUGCUGCUGCGAGAACUGCUGGCGUCUGCUGGCGGCCUGGGACAUCACCUCCUGCAGCGGCCCAAGCAGGAGAAGCCCCCAGGGCCUCCUGAUGCAGCACAGGGCCCAGGCCCUACCCCGCUGCCCAGCUGGAAGUCUCCGGACUGGCAGGAUGCCUCCUUGGCUGAGGCGGCUGCACUUCUCUACGCUGAGUACCGGCCCUUCUUCUGGAGAGCUGCAUCAACCUCUUUGGUGCGCCAGCUGGAGCUCUGUUCGCCCCUGGCCCAGUUUCAGGAGGGGGCUGGGGCUGCCCUGGGCCGGCGGUUGACCCACGCCCUGGAAGAUGCUUGCCUGCCUCCAGUGGCUGCGGAGGAACUGAAGGACGUGGCCCUUUGUCUGCUUAAGCGUGAUGCCCUCUGGCAAUGGGACCCAGGAUUCUGCCGCGCCCUGGGCACCAGCCUUGUGGACAAAUGCUUGCCCAAGCCCACCACUGUGGCCUGCAGCCAGACGGGGCGGUGUUUGCAGAGCCUCUUCCUGCUCCUGGCCUCCAGGAUGAGAUGCCUGGAUGCCCAGCCCUUCCACAGUGACCCAGGGGGUCGCCUUGCACCUGCCAGCCUCCACCAGCAGCUGCUCUCCCUGGUGGUAGCUACCAGCCAUGCCUCUUCCUACUGGGCCAUGAGCAAGGCCUACCAGUACUUGGCUUCCUGGUCCCUCAGCCAGUUUCUUCUUGUGACACAAGGAGAUUUGCAGCUGCUGAAGACUGAAGCAAGGAAGAUGUUGGUGCUGGUGAGCACGGCCUUCCUGGGGGACAGGUGGAAGCAGAGCCCCUUGGCCUCUCAUUGGGAGCGGGAGCUGAGCCUGCAAGUCCACUCAGCAGCUACCAGCAUCCAACUUUUUGCAAACGACGUGUUGGAGUUGUUUUCUUUGGACUGCAGACAAGUGUCAGCGGGGGUCUUCAGACAGUCUAUGCCACUUGGCAAAUACUGGCGUCUCGCCCUCCAAGCAGAGGCGCCCUCCGCUCCCAGCGAGUAUGCCCAGGCUGCAGCCCAAACCAUCCUGGCUCCAGUCUUGCAGGGCCUCCAGUGGCUAUCCCGUGAUGCCCAGGCACUAGUCCUCAGCCAGGUCACAACUGCUUUCUUGGACGUCUGGAUGGAUCAUAUACUGGCCCAGAAAAUCAAGUUCAGCCUCCAGGGAGCCCUGCAGUUGAAGCGGGACUUCGACGUGGUACGGGAUGUGGUGCAAUUGGACGAUUACGAACUGUCUGCAGAGAUGAAGCAGCUGGUUUUCUCUCUCCGGGCCUUCCAGCAAGUGGACAAUGCCAUCGCGUGCCUCGUACAGCAGCCCAGCAAAGCAGCCUUGCCCUUGCACCGCUGGGAUGCCCUACACAAGUGCUGCCCCCGUGACGGGAUGCGGUCAUGGGACGGCAGCCCAGGCAGCUUGAGCAGCCUGGAGCACCUGGAAGGGCUGCCCGUCCAUGCCCGAGCUGCGCCAGAGAGUUGGGCAGCUGACUUGCUGAGCCAUGCACCCGGGGGGGCCAGCAGCUCCGAGACCUACCUCAGCCUGGCCCAGCAGGAGUGGCUGGCGCUGCGGCUGCACGGGGGCCGCCGCUGGAGGAUGCCUGCCUUCUCCUGCAUGAACAAACCUUCAGAGCCUUGAGCAGCCUUGGAUCCAGCUGUGGCUUCGGCACCGGGACUCUGCAUGCCGUGCAUGAAGCAGUCCUCAGGGCCUCUGCUCUGCUGGAGCCUUUCCAGCAGGAGCCAGAGGUGUGGAGAGGAACCCAGCCCUUCCCAUGGAGGCCUUUCUCGCCCUGGGGCAGCCCACCUGGUUCCCUUCUCUGCCUGUACUUUCUGCAACGUGGUAAUCGGCAACCCCUGAUUUUGGAAUAGGAAUAAAUCCGCAAGAACAAGCCUUGUGCUCCAACCCCAGGGCCUUAGAGCCCUCCUCCUGGGGGUGGGCAUUUGGCAGAUUGAGGGAGGCUGCAGCUGGACCUUGGCACAGGUUGGGGCAACUGGACUGGCUCCAAACUUUCUGCUCGAAAGAGCAAGGAGCCGGUGAAGGGCUCGGUCCUGCAGGAACCCCCUCCCUGUUAGCUCCGCUGCCAGCAUCCCUUAGGGGGCAUCUGGGGCACUAAUAAACUCAGUUGGGGUGUUUCUUGGGGCGUUUGGGAGGGGGAGGAGGCCUGUUCCAGGUGAUGCGAAAACAUAGCCACCUCAAUGGCCUCCCCUGCCUGCCAUUGCAGGAAAGGCACAGAUCUUAUGGCCUCUUAAUGUGCAGCUUGUUGGCCCUGGCUGUGCCUUUUAUGAGGCCUCACUUCCUCCCCCCAGGCUUGACUGGCAGAAGGCGGUGCCCUGUAGGUUCAGUAUCCUUUUCCCCUCUGACCCAUCUGCGUAUGACCAUGGGGGGUGUCGUUCUAGACAUCCAACCUCUGUGCCUUAACAAAAGUUGUUAUCUCUCGACACAAUAAAGCUCUUGUGGGUUGCUGCAACAGCUUUUUUGAAGCUUUUGGUGGUUCAUCUGGACACUGACAUGGGGCUGCCAAAGGAGGUGGAUCAGGCCAGGGGCCGGUCCAGGCAGGUGUCCGAUUGCCAAUGGGCCUUUGAGAAGCCCCUUCUUGGCCUGAUGGCCUCUGGAGGCUGGUUGUGAACGAUAUACUUGGAGGUUUGGGCUAGGCAGAAGUGGAU